CCAGGGACUGAUGUGCUUGUCCCCGCUGGGAGACCCAGAGACCAGCCCUCCUUUCCCGGACGCCUGGGUUCUUUCCCCACCUUAGAGACUGAUACCCUGUUGGGAGAAAUCCUAGACAGCCCCCUGGGUUACUCCCCCAGCCCAGGGAUUGAUUGGCCAGUCCCUAGAUGCCUGAGUCCCUGCCCCAUCCCAGGGUCCAGGCGCCCCCCUUCCCUCCCCCGUGAGGUAGGGUCAGGGCUGUGUCACCCCAGAGAUCAGCACCCCACGCUAAGGGCGGCUGGGAGAAGUAGGGCAGCCCCACCCUUCCCCAGGUGCUGCAGGGUGGAACGCCAUCACCCUCCCUGUUGGCACCCGGAGCAGAGAGGCCAAUGUCCAAAUGGGCCAGGGGGACUGAGCGCCCUUCCAGGGUCAGGGAUGGGGCUGGUUGGUGCUAUCCCUGCUCCGUUUGCCUAGAAGAUUCAUUCUUCACCAGUGCCUCCCCUCCCCCUGACCCUAAAUCCACUGGUGCUCCAGCCCCGUCUCUGAAGUACCCACUGACAGUGGGUACUUCAUAGGGCUCGUCUUCACUGCAGAGUUACCUCGAGUUAGUUAACUUCCCUCUAAGUUGACAGCCCUGCAAACGGAGAUCUUUCGUUCAUCUUCAGAAACGAUACAGGACGGCUGGCGCCAGUCCGUGCUUCCCAGUGCUGUCCUGUUAGCAUCUCCCCCAUGACCCCUGCCCUGCCUUGCCCUUGCUCUCUCUGCUGAGACCGCCAAUUAAGAAAUGCUUUUGCACUGUGGUGUCGCUUCCCAUUUGAAACUAAAAUAAGGCCUGGGCUAGGCACACAGUUGCCCCUGUUUAAUUAAAGGUGCAUUUUUAAGCAGAUUUAGUUAAGCCGGUGUAACUGCGUGCGAACUCUCUUAUAUUGGUUUCGCUUUGGUAGGUUUACAUGCAUGAGUUAAAUUGACAUAGCCAAUUUUAAACCAAUAUAAAUGGGUCCAUAGAGGGAUUUGCACCACCGUGAGUGAGCCUAGCUCAAGUGAGAGCUGUGAAAUAACUCGAGCAGAACAGAGUCCCCACUACAUCAGCAUCACUCCAGCUUCAACUACCCACCCAGCGUGGGGUUAAAGCACCACUUAACUCGAGCGAAAGAUCUUUGUGUGUGGAUGGGCGUCCGGUUGGGGGUGAUGCUUGGGCUAAUGCCGCAGUGAAGUCAAGCCCAUAGACUCCUCUACAGUGGUAUCGGAGGAAAAGGCCCAGCCCCAAAUUCUGGCCUGGCCUGAUUGAACUCUUGUGAGCUGCCGGACCCGCUGUGCUUUCUGCAGGGCUAGCUGUGCUGCAGGUAUUCGGGGUCUCUGUUGUGGAGAGAGAAGGAUGUUCUAUUCUAUUCAGGUUCUUAUCUGGCCCUCAGCACCAUAGUCUCCGAGCACCUGUUGGCAGAGCUGUCCUAAGAUACUCCCAGUGUUACCUUGAAAAAACCCCAACCCACUGAGUCGAAGGUGCUUUUCCCAGCAGCAUCUGCAACACCCUCUGCUUUCAUUUGGACAGACUUUUCCAGCCAUUAAAGCUACAAAGGAAAAACACCCAAGUAUGAACAAAGCAGCCCCGUGUGCCUGAGUCUGCAGACAGACCACUCCUCGCUGGGGCUGGGAGCUUUGCUGACCCUGUAAUUAACAAAAUUCCGGUCAGUUUCACAACUGCUGUUCAGAGCCCUGUGUGGGUGAUCUGGAUGUGCUACUGCCCAGAAGAGCGCUGAGACGCAGCAGAGGUGCAGUAGCUAUUUGUGGAGGAAGGGAACCCUAGAAACAGAGGCAGGGGGUGGGGGGGACAGUAGUGAAGACCCUCCCCACUUGCAGUAGACAAGAGGCUCUGGCGUGAGGAGAAGAGAGCAAACUCCUUCCAGCAAGUGGAGGACGGUGGAGCUUUGAUCUUAUUAGUCGUCUACUAGCCCGAGGCUGUUACACCCCAGCGGGGUCCAGGGACAGCACCCUGGUGAAACUGCCGACAACUGAGAAUUGCCAGGCCCGUCACCAGGGCGUUGAUCCUGCAGCCUCACCAUCAUUCGUACCUAGCCCUGGGCAAGCCAGUUUAACCUGUCCGUGGUGAAUCUUCCAACAUCUGGCCCCAGUUGUUGUGGAAGGAAGCUGGUAGCCCGCGCUGCGGUCUCUUUGCCCUUUAAACUGUGUUUCAAAAUGGCUGAAGUUGGCACGGGUCUCACCCUGCUAUGGAGGGGGCUUCACGUGGACUUGGAAGAUUGCACUGGUGCCAAGCCGGUUUCAAUUGGUCCAAAUCAAGGUUCCAGCUGCAGCCUUUAGGAUAAGAGCAUGAGCUCAGGAAUGCGCUGUGUGCAUUGGAUGGGUGGGGGGCAAGGGAACAGAUCACGCUGGCUUCAGACUUACCCUGUCCAAGCUACUGGGCGUGUAACUUACACCAUGCCCUUCACCUCCUCAGGCAUCCUGGGCCGGGGAUCUGGAACAAGGGCACAGAUCUAGGAAUCCCACGAACUCGGUCAAAGUUGGGUUCUGUCUGACCUGUAAUCUGGGAGAGGGUCCAGAAGCACUGCAGGGUCUGAGCCUGCCAGCAGCUGAGCAUCUCCUGGGAGCUAGUGAGCACCCUCAGCGUCUGUGGACUUCCGGAGCAGCUGAGGGUGCCCGUCCCCCCUCGGCAGGCAUUCAGCUCCUUACAGAAUCAGGCAACAAAGUGUGCCGGUGCUGCGUUAUUCAACCCUCUUUGGUAACCUAAUCGCAGUGGAGUUUCCAGCGCCCAGGGUCAGCUGCAUUGCCCCUCGGUGCUGUCAGUGCAGCUGAAUUAGGCCAGUCUGCUGCUAGCAGUCAAGGUGGUCCGCUUUUUUAAUGACCUGAGCCAAGAGCCUUUUCCACCGGCCAAUGCUAAACAGGCUUAGCUGCCCUGGUUUGGAGGGGAGGGGAGCUGGGCAAGAAGCGUGGGGAGGGAUUAAAUAGGGGAACACAGAAGGGAGGGGUGUCCCCAUUCUGAGCCUUCUUCACACUCAACACGCCACACCCCGGUGCUUAAAGGCACAGGCCACGGUAAUCCAUAGGGCAGCAGAUGCUGUCUGUUUCCAGCAUAUUGCCAAGGAUGGGGACGAGUUGGGUGGAUAAGAGGGUCUGGAGCCUUUCGCUGCUAGAUAACCCGUCCUCCGUUAGCCCUGGUCCCUAGUGAUUCCUGCCUGGCGGCUCGUGUCGGCAGUAAAUUCGGAGAGGGACUUAUUGUAGUUCCCAGCGGGCAGAUAUCCGUGCUGCCAAAACCACCGUCGCCACCGGCAUUAAUUGGGAGAUUUCCAAGCCAGAAGCAGGGGCUGCGCAGAGGUUUUCGGGGGCAAAAUCUGAAACGGAGGCUCGGGGCCAGAGUGAACCCGGAGUGGUGGCUUGGCUCCUGUUCUGUAGGGCUGGACCCAGCUUCCCGCUCCGGGGUCGUUCCAUGUGGGGUCGCAGUGCCACUCGGGUUUGGCCCAGCCGUGACCGCAGAUCCACGGGGCAGGGGGCAUGUUCUGCUGUCUGGAUAAACAGAGGAUUCCAGCCUCCAGGGCUCUUAAUCCUGCCACUAGCACUAGAGUCCCAUUUGUGGGUAUGUUCCCUGCCUGGGGCAGUAACCUAGGACUUGGGAGUCCUGGGUUCGAUUCCCAGCUUUGCCACUUUGAGUGAGUCCCUUAGCCGCUACAUGCCUCGGUUUCCCCAUUGGUACCAUGGGGAUAAUAGCACAGCCCUGCCUCACGGGGGUUAAAGAUUUUGAGGUGCUCAGAUACUGCAGCGUUGGGGGCCAUAUGGGUUUCCUAGGCUGGUAUAUAGUCUGUCAGGCCUAUUUGAAUGGGUGCAGCAGUUCGGGGGAGCCAGCGGCUAUGCGCGGCACUGGCACGGUGGCCUUGGACUGGCAGGGGUCCCUCUUUGAACCCGCUUUCUCCUCCUCCACCAGCGCAUCAGAGGGGAAAGAUGGUGAAAGAAACGGGCUACUACGACCUCUUGGGCGUCAAGCCGGGCGCCACCUUGGACGAGAUCAAGCGAGCGUACCGGCGGCUGGCGCUGAAAUACCAUCCCGACAAGAACCCCAGCGAAGGAGAGCGGUUCAAGCAGAUCUCGCAAGCCUACGAGGUGCUGUCGGACACCCAAAAGAGGGCGCUGUAUGACCGGGGCGGGGAGCGGGCCAUGAAAGAAGGCGGCACUGGAGGCCGAGGAGGAUUUGGGUCCCCGAUGGACAUAUUCAACAUGUUCUUCGGAGGCGGGGUGCGGAUGCCUGGCCGGCCAGAGAGGAGAGGAAAGACCGUGGUGCAUCCGCUCUCGGUGACCCUGGAGGAUCUGUACAACGGCACCACCCGAAAGCUGUCCCUGCAGAAGAACGUCAUCUGCAGCAAGUGCAACGGCUGCGGGGUCCGGGAGGGCGUCGACAGCAGGUGCCCCAAGUGCCACGGCACCGGCAUGGAGUUUCACGUCCACCAGUUGGGGCCCAGCAUGAUCCAGCAGAUACAGACCAUGUGCUCGCAAUGCCAGGGCCAGGGCGAGUGGGUCCGGCCCCUCGAUCGCUGCCUCACCUGCAACGGCAGGCGGGUGGUGCGAGAGAAGAAGAUCUUGAACGUCCACCUGGACAGAGGCAUGCAGGACGGGCAGAGGAUCACGUUCCACGAGGAAGGGGACCAGGUGCCCGGCCUAGAGCCCGGGGAUGUGGUCAUCGUCCUGGAUCAGAAGGAACACCCCGUCUUCCAGCGCAUCGGCAACAAUCUGGUCCUCCGAAAGGAAAUCAGCCUGGUGGAGGCUCUGUGCGGCUUCAGGCAAGUUGUCCGCACUCUGGACAACAGGCCCCUGCUCGUCUCCUCGCAGCUUGGUGACGUCAUCCGGCCGGGAUCCGUGAAGUGCGUCCCUAACGAGGGCAUGCCCGUCUACAGAAACCCCGCCCAGAAGGGCCGGCUCAUCAUACACUUCCAGGUGAGAUUCCCAGAGCCAGGCUGGCUCUCCCCGGACCGUCUCCGCCAGCUCCGCACCUUCUUCCCCCCCCAAGAAGAGGUCAUGGCGACGGAGGACAUGCAGGAGGUGGAACUGAACGACUACUUCUCCCAGCCGGGACACUGGUGGCAACCCCACGCCGGCGAGGCCUACCACGAAGACGACUUCGAGGAGGCCUCGCGCCCGCACGUCCAGUGCCACACGUCGUAGCCCCCUUCCCCCCCCUCCAGGCGGCCGCCCCCUCCCUGGAGCAGGGCGGGGCGAGGGGGGCGGUUCAGAAGGUCGUGCGGUUCAGGGAUGUAAAUAGUUAACGCUGCCACCGGUCCAGUUCGGCAGAACUAGCGUAGCUCCGGCCUGGCUCGGUCGGUCCCCGGGGGGCACCACUGAGCCCCUCAUCCUGCCAGCACGCACUCAAGGGCUUAGGCUCCAGCUAACGGGAGUUGCUGCCUCCGAGGAGCGUAGUGGUGUGAAAGGGUCCCUGGGCACAAUGCCUCAGGAUCAAUGUCUACAGGGAUCAUUCACCGCUGUCGCUCUGGGGGCCUGAUUCUCAUUCACACCGAAGCCCCUUUAGGCCCCAAUAAGGAGGCCUUAAAGUGGGAGUAACCGUACCCCGCGCCCACAGGCGGGCCCCUUUUGUGCUGCCUGAGCGGCGUCAAAGAACCUUAGUUGUCCUCGAGAAUCGGGUCCUUGGGUUUAAACCCCUUCCAGAUUCUCCUCUCAGCCCCGUGGGAAUUUGACCAGUUUUAGUCAACGUGCCGUUUUUGCAGGAAAGCCUCGUGCCGUUUCGCGACCUGCCCCGGGCGUUUUGCUUCCUCCUCUGCCUUGGGUGGACUGUGCGGCUUCCCCGCUUGGGCUGCAAAGACGCGCUCGCUUGCUCGCUCUAGAGAUCUUCUUUUGCACAUUUAAGCGAAAGGGGCUGUUUUCCCGGGGAGGGAAUGUCAGGGACUUUUUAAACAAAGCCGGUUUUCCUCCGCUUGGAAAACGCCAGCAGCUUCGCAAAGACACGUCUGUCCGCUUGGGUUUUCCAUUGACUCGCGUUCCCUUAGCAUGUAACAGGAUGUGGAAAGAAUUCUGAGGAGUCAGUGGCACUUAACUACAAAUCAUCCCCAACCUGGAAUCAGAUCCGCCCGGGAGGAGGUCUAGGGGCCAAGAUCUAGUCCGAGGAGCCUGGGUCUGCUUCGCGGAUCUCUACCGCCGAUCUGGUCGGUAGCACUGAAAUCCCAGGCCUUGAUUCCCAAGUGCCUUGCCCUGUUGUGGUUUACGCGGCGCAGAAUCUGGAUCAGAACCAGUGUAAAUGCACCAGGCGUAGGGCAAUGAAUCAGUCCUGCCCGCAGGCGUUUGGGGAUUGUAGUGCCAUCUACUGGUAGUCCUGAGCUAUGCGCUAUCCCAGAAUAAAACAUGGCUCAGAGGGUUCUU